AUGGAUAAAUUUCUCACAAAAUUCAAUUUUUCUCAACCAAGUGCUAGUACGGAAGCCAAUCGUUCUCAACUUAUAAAUGAGCUCAAUUUAGGACCUCUUGAAGCCGAUCCAGGAGAAAGGGUAACCAUUGCUGAAUAUAACCCUCGAAUUCGGGAUGAAGUGAGGAGACAUUAUAUUCGAACAGGGCCUUGUCAAUCUUUACUGAAAAAAUAUCCUACAACUCAAAUAGGAAAUAGAGGUCGUCAAUUUGUUUCAAAUUGGUACAAAGGCAUUAUCAAUGCUUGUGCAAAAGAAACGGUGAAAGCUAUAAUUGGAGACUUGAAUGGAGAUUACUUUGGUAUAUUAGUGGAUGAGUCCAAAUAUAUCUCACACAAAGAACAAAUGGCUCUCAUGUUGCGGUAUGUUGAUAAGAAUAGUGAGGUGGUAGAACGAUUUAUCAGUCUAGUCCAUGUUAGUGAUACAUCGGCAUGCUCAUUAAAGAAAGAAAUCUACUCUUUGCUUUCCAAUCACUCACUAAGUCCAUCUAAAAUACGUAGACAAGGUUAUGAUGGAGCUAGUAAUAUGAGAGGAGAGAUAAAUGGUCUCAAAACUUUGAUUAAGAAAGAUAGUCCAUCGUCAUAUCACAUUUAUUAUUUUGCUCAUCAAUUGCAAUUAAUACUUGUAGCUAUUGCUAAAAAACAUGGGGAUGUUGAAGACUUCUUUGAUCAUGUUACUAAUGUGUUGAAUGCUGUUGGAGGAUCUUUUAAGCAUAGAAAUUUGAUUCGUCAAUCAUCAAGCUGA